UGGGGGAAGAGAAGCUCGGGCAGCCGCUGAGCUCUGCCGCUUCUAACUGCUAAUAAACAGUCCUUAUUGAUCAGUAAUUACCCUGAUCAACGUAAUAACACUCAGAAACCGGCUCCGUCGCCCUGGAUACCUGUCGGUCACUACCAGGUUUGACUCGGUUCAGCGCGAGCCGCGGCCGCCGUUGGAUGAGCGGACUGAAUGUGGAUUUAACUACCGCUUCGCUCCGCAGGCCGCGCCGCCAUUGCUGCCGUUUUUACAAGCUGAAUUCGUGAAAAUACCGAGGGUCUGUACAGCUUCAAGAUGAAGAAGAAAAGUCGACAUCACCGACCUGCGGCGCUGAAGAGGGAUUCGUCUCCCAUCAAGCCUUCGCCCAACCGGGAGACUCUGACGUACGCACAGGCUCAGCGGAUAGUGGAGCUGGAGGUGGACGGCCGCGUGCACCGGCUCAGCAUCUACGACAAGCUGGAUGUCAUCACUGAUGACGACCCCACGGCGCAGGAGAUUAUGGAGUGCAACAGCAACAAGGAGAACAAUGAGAAGCCCCAGCAGGUCCUGGUGCGCUCUGUGCGCCUCAAAAACAACCAGCAGAAGAAGAAUGCGGCGCUCAUGGCCUCACACGGCAGCAGCGGCACACACGGCAGUACCGGCGGCCUGUUGGAGCCAAAGGUUAGAACGGUUGAAUACAACUUGCCGGUGGUGCCGAAGAGGCCGGUGGCAUAUUACAAAUACACAGAGAGGACGGCAGAGGAGCUGGACGAGGAAGUGGAGUACGACAUGGAUGAGGAGGACUACGCCUGGCUGGAGCUCAUCAAUGAGAAGAGGAAGAGCGAGGGCGUCAGCCAGGUGUCGCACAACUUGUUUGAGUUCCUCAUGGACCGCUUUGAGAAGGAGUCGUACUCAGCCACGCAGGGUCAGAGCGACCUGCAGUCAUUGGUGGACGAGGACGCCGUCUGUUGCAUCUGCAUGGAUGGAGACGGAGCCGACAGUAAUGUCAUCCUCUUCUGCGACUCUUGCAACAUCGCCGUGCAUCAGGAGUGCUACGGCGUGCCAUACAUCCCUGAGGGCCAAUGGCUAUGCCGCCACUGCCUGCAGUGUCCGUCGCGUCCCGCUCAGUGUGUCUUCUGCCCCAACAGAGGCGGAGCCCUGAAGAAGACUGACGAUGACCGCUGGGGGCAUGUAGCAUGUGCUCUGUGGGUGCCUGAGGUCGGCUUCUCUGACACGGUUUUCAUCGAGCCCAUUGACGGCGUCCGCAAUAUCCCACCUGCCCGCUGGAAGCUCACCUGCUAUUUGUGUAAAGAGAAGGGCGCAGGAGCGUGCAUCCAGUGUGACAAGAUCAACUGUUACACUGCCUUCCAUGUCAGCUGCGCCCAGAAGGCCGGCCUCUACAUGAAGAUGGAGCCCGUCAAAGAGGUGAUGGCGUCCGGCGCCACCACCUUCUCUGUGAAAAAGACCGCCUUCUGCUGCAGCCACACGCCUGAAGGCUGCGACCGCCGGCCGCUCAACAUCUACGAGGAGCCGCAUCCGAAAAACGGAGCCUGCCACAAGAGGGCCGAAAAGAGGGGGAAGUCCAGGGCCAAGGGCUGGCACAAGAAGAAGAGUAAGAGAGGCGAGCCCGAACCAGAACCAGAGCCUGAGACCCCCACCAACUCUGGACCCAGUAUCACCGCUUCAAGCUUUGACACCAUCCUGAACCAGGUGGCAGUUCAGAGGAAGCGUGCGUUCGUUGAGCGGGUGCUGAGCUACUGGGUGCAGAAGAGGCAGUCAAGGAAUAACGUGCCGCUGAUCCGCCGGUUGCAGGCCAACCCUCAGCCGCCCAAAGUCAAGCAAAAGGACCGCAUGGAGACGAACCAGGCGCUGAAGGAGCAGCUGAAGGAGUGGCACCGCCUCCGCCACGACCUGGAGCGAGCUCGCCUGCUCCUGGAGCUCAUCAGGAAGAGGGAGAAGCUGAAGAGAGAGGAGAUGAAGCUGCAGCAGUCGGUGCUGGAGGUCCAGCUGACCCCCUUCAACAUCCUGCUGAGAGCCGUGCUCAGUCAGCUGCAGGAGAAGGACCAGUACAGUAUCUUCGCUCAGCCCGUCUGCGUCAAAGAGGUUCCAGACUACCUGGACCACAUCAAGAACCCCAUGGACUUCUCCACCAUGAGGAAACGCAUCGACGCUCAUGACUACAGGAGCCUGGAGGAGUUCGAGGCAGACUUCAACCUCAUCAUCUUCAACUGCAUGAAGUACAACGCCAAGGACACGUUUUUCUACAGGGCAGGUCAGCGGAUGCAGGACCACGGAGGAGCCAUCCUCCGCAGGGCCCGAAGGGAGGCUGAGAGAAUUGGCUUUGACUUCCCCGGUGGGAUUCAUCUGCCCGAAGCCCCGAAACUGGAGCCGCCGCCGCCCUUCAGCUGGGAGGAAGUGGACCGGCUGCUGACCCCCACCUAUCGCCAGCUGACCCCACUGGAGGAUCAGCUGAAGGAGCUGCUGGAGAAGCUGGACCUGAGCACGGCCAUGAAGCACAGCCCGUCCCGCAGCAAGAGGCUCAAACUGCUCAAGAAGACCAUCAUGGAGGUUCGGAGCGAGAUUAGCCUGAAGAAGUCCCUCCAAACGCAGCCGCCUGUGGCGACUGAGCCCAGCCCGACCCCUGCAGAGUCAGAGGAGAUAGCACUACCUGAACCCCCAGCAGAGCCCUGCACACCACAGGAGGAGAAGCCUUUACCCCCACCAACGUUAGAGCUGUUAACCUCACUGACGCAGCUCGAAACCUCGCACAGCGACUCAGAGCCGCCCCCUCUGAAAGCCGUCAAAUCCAGCACGGACCAUACUCCCAUGGAGCUUGAUGGCGACACUGACACAUCUACCUCAGCGCCCACAGACGCACCCAACGGGCACCUCCCAGACCCCCUGCUCCCCAACGGCGACCUCCACACAGAAGCCUCUGGCACCUGCAACCGACGGAAUAGCGUCCUCUUCCGCAAGUCCAAGAGCACCAGCCCCCAGAAACCACUCAAGACCAAGACGCAAGAGGCACCGGCUGUGACGCUGCCGCCCCUUGGCACCAAAACCUUCCUGUCAGUGGUGAUUCCUCGACUGGAGACACUGCUCCUGCCGAAGAAGAGAAGACGCAGCAGCAGCGCUGACGGCGAGGAUGAUGAUGAGGAGUCGCCGAUAAAACGCCUCGGUACAGGAAUAGCGAACGGUUUUGUGGUGGAGGAGGAAGAAAUCUCACCUUCUCCCCGCCUGCUGGAGCCUCGCCGCCGCUGUGCCUCUGAGUCGAGCAUCUCCUCCAGUGGAAGCGUCCUCUGCAGCACGAGCACCGUCAUUGUGUCGAAAAGCGGUAAAGGACGGCUGCCGGCGGCUCGACGGAGCACCGUGGAUGACAAAAGCACUCUGAUGACCUGCAUCGAGAACGGAGAGUUCACCAAAGCUGCCAAGAUCUCUUCAGAGGUGUGGAAGCCCUCCGCUGCUUCUCCAUUUGUUCUGGAGCCUCUUAAACUAGUUUGGGCUAAAUGUAGUGGAUAUCCCUCCUACCCCGCCCUGAUCAUGGACCCCAAAGCGCGGAAGACGGGGUGUCAGCACAACGGGGUGGAGCUUCCCCAGCCGCCGCCGGACGUUCUCAGAGCCGGAGAGCGGAUGCAGUUCAGGUCCGCAGAGAAACUCUUCCUCGUCCACUUCUUCGACAGCAAGCGCAGCUGGUGAGCAACUCACCGACUGUUAACCGUUUAUCGGUUAAUCUUCAAGAAUAUUUUUGACCAGUAAGGCAUGUUUGUCAAUAGAUUAAUAUUGCAACUAUUCAGUUUUCUGCACUGCGCACCACCUGGGUCUGAUGGGAGCUAGCUAGCGGCGCCAUUCAUUCGGCAGGUACUGCUAGUAACGCCAUCCUAACCCAACGGUGUUGCUGUGGAAACAUUGUGCCCACCCCCUUGUCUCUCCCCAGGUCGCCCCAUUGAUUAAGUGGCUUCA